AUGUUAGAGAGCGGCCAGCUGUACGGCGACUACUCCGACGGCGAUUUGAGUUUGAAAACCACGAAUUCUUCCGACAGUUCGAUGAGCAGCUCCUGCGAGAGCUGCAGCUCCUACAGCCGCCUCUCCUUUGACGUCUCCGCCGCGGCAGCGGCGGCGAGAUCGUCGCCGGAGAACAACCUCACGCUCAAGCCCCAUCGCUCCUCCGAUUUCGCCUACUCAGCCAUCCGGAGCAAGAGCGGGCUCACCUUCCGCGACUUCCGCCUCCUCCGCCGCAUCGGCGCCGGCGACAUCGGCACCGUGUACCUCUGCCGGCUCAACCACGGGGAGGAGGCCGACGACGGCUCGGAGUGCUUCUACGCGAUGAAGGUGGUGGACAAGGAGGCCCUCGCGGUGAAGAAAAAGGAGCAGAGGGCCGAGAUGGAGAAGAAGAUCCUGAAGAUGCUGGAUCAUCCGUUCCUGCCUACGCUUUACGCCGAGUUCGAAGCCUCUCAUUUCUCUUGCAUUGUGAUGGAGUACUGCUCCGGCGGCGACUUGCAUUCUCUCCGCCACAAGCAGCUUCAUAAGCGGUUCUCUCUCGCCUCCGCUAGGUUUUACGCGGCGGAGGUACUGGUGGCGCUGGAGUAUCUCCACAUGCUGGGAAUCAUCUACAGAGAUCUGAAACCGGAGAACGUGUUGGUCAGAUCGGACGGUCACAUCAUGCUCUCCGACUUCGACCUUUCACUCUGCUCGCACGCAAUCCCAGCCGUUGAAUCUCAUCCGACGCCUUCUUCCGCUUCUUUCUCCCCAGAAGGAGAAGAUCCCGCUUCACCGUCGCCGCAGCGGCGGCCACCGCAGUUCUCGUGCCUCCCGACCUGGGUCUUCCGGUCGAAGAAAAUCCAGACGCUGAACCCGAACCCGAAAAGACUCUUCGUCGCCGAACCGGUCACCGCCCGGUCAUGUUCCUUCGUCGGGACCCACGAGUACGUGGCACCGGAGGUAGCCUCCGGCGGGUCCCAUGGCAACGCAGUGGACUGGUGGGCCCUGGGUAUUUUCAUCUACGAGCUCAUCUACGGGCGGACUCCGUUCGCCGCGCCGUCCAACGACCAGACGCUGCGGAACAUCGUGAAGAGGCCGCUGACCUUCCCGACCCAGACGCCGGCGUCGACGAUGGAGCUUCACGCGCGGGAGCUGAUAUCCGGGUUGCUGGACAAGGACCCGACCCGGAGGCUCGGGUCGAAGCGGGGAGCCGCCGACGUGAAGACCCACCCGUUCUUCAAGGGCUUGAACUUCGCGCUGAUACGGACGGUGACGCCGCCGGCUGUUCCCAGCUUGCGGAGGCAGAGAACGACUCCGGCGGCGAUGCACCGCCCCGCCGCGGGGAAGACGAGAAGCGCGUCGAGUUUUGACUAUUUCUAGCUAGGUAGCUGGUCGGCCGGGAAUAUAGGAGAAGGAUGCGCCACGUCAACGUUUGUGCGCGUGUAGUGGGUAUCCUGCUAUGUUUUUUGCUACUGGCGGUACAGGAAGGAAUACAGCUUUUUUUUGUACAUUUUAGAAUAGCGCUUUUUUUUUUUUUUUACCGCUUUCUGAUGUUUCAAGCUUUGCUUUUUUAGUUUUUACCCCCUGUAAUUUCUUUUUCAACUCCUCAUGAGAGAGAGGGAGGGUUACGUUUGAGAGAGGUUAGGAGAACUUAAUUACAUGAUUAACAUGGGUAAUGAUACGAUACUUAAUGCAUUUAGAUUCCAAAGUCUGUCACUCGUUAGUUAGGGUCGUGAAGGUGGUGAUCCUCCACCGUUUUCAAAUUAUAGUUGAAGUGACAUGUAAAAGUGGUGACAAAUUUUAUAAUAAAAAAAAAUAAACCGUAAAAAUAGUUUGGUUUCGCUGCU